AUGAAUAAACAAGCAACCUACAGGGGAUUCGAACCGGGACCCCACAACUCAGUGCCCACAGCCAUAACAACUGCGCCAAACAUACAACAGCACAAUGAUAUGCCAUGGAACAUUCGGCAAUUCCACCACAACCAAUUGAGCAGCGUGAAUCUGUCGGCUGAUUUGAGCAAAGUUUUUCCAUGGAACAAUUCAAACUGGUCGCAAACUGACUUCUUCCGGCUUCGACAAGGCAAAGUUGGGGCUCAAUUUUGGGUAGCCUACGUUCCGUGCAGUACCCAGUACUACAACGCAGUGCAGAUGACGGUGGAGCAGAUUGACGUGAUCAAACGGAUGAUAGAGGCUUAUCCAGAGCAUCUUCAAUUGGCCACUUCCGUCAAGGAUAUUCGAGACGCACACAAGAAAGGAAAAAUAGCUGGUCUCAUCGGAGUGGAAGGAGGCCACUCCAUCGGGAAUUCACUGAGUGUCUUGCGAAUGAUGCAUGACCUGGGGACGAGCUACUUGACUCUGACGCACAACUGUAAUACUCCUUGGGCACAGGCGCACUUCCAUGGGCACAACACUUCUGCUAAUAGAGGCCAUAUGAUGCCGGCUGUUGGACUCACAGAGUUCGGAAAGGCUGUGAUUGAAGAGAUGAAUCGGAUCGGGAUGAUGGUCGACCUGAGCCACGCUUCGGAAGCAACGUCUCGGGCAGUGCUGAAGGUGACGAAGGCCCCGGUGAUUUUCAGCCAUUCCGCUGCUCAGGCCAUCUGCAACAUCACUCGAAAUGUUGCAGAUGACGUUCUGCUGCAAAUUGCAAGGAAUGGAGGAAUUGUGAUGGUGCCGUUUUAUCCUCAAUUUGUUUCGUGUUCGGCGGCAGGAUCAAUGUUUGAUGCAAGGAAUGGAGGAAUUGUGAUGGUGCCGUUUUAUCCUCAAUUUGUUUCGUGUUCGGCGGCAGGAUCAAUGUUUGAUGUGAUAAGAAAUAUAGAUCACAUUAGAAAUAUUGCUGGAAUCGAUCAUGUCGGGAUUGGGUCCGACUUCGAUGGGAUCGACAGUACUGUGACGGGUUUGGAGCACGUUGGAAAAUACCCCGACUUGUUGGUUGAACUGCUGAAGAACGAAAAGUGGUCAGUGAAUGACGUCAAAAAGCUCGUGGGAGGCAAUUUACUUCGCGUCUUCGAAAAAGUCCAAGAGGUCAGCAAAGAAAUUCGAAAAUCAACACGACCUCCUGCCGAGGACCUUAUCCCCCUCAAUGAACUACCUGAGAUCACCAAUUGUUCUUACAACGGAAUGUAAUAAAGUAUACUGUACAGAUAAUUCAUCGGUUAAUUCGAUCAUGUCACUGAAAACAAAUUGGUGUUCAGUUUCCAUUUUUUUAAACGCUUUUUCGUGGAUCCCGGGUUUGAAAUUUUUCGUUUUCUUUUAUUUUUCGCUACGUUUGUUUGAAAGAAAGAAGAAAAGGAAUUAAAAAUCUCUGCACGGAGUUAUUGAAGUUUGGGAAUUUUGUCAGCUUGAGGAAUGGUGUAAUCACGUUUGCUAAAAACCAGCAUCAGAUGAAAAAAAAAUUCUCCUCAGGAAUGUUUGAUUUUCUGAGAUAUUUUCGAUGCCAUUUAUUUGCCUGUAAGCAAAUGUUCAUGCCAAAAAUAAUCCUCUAUAGUCAGAAAUUCCAGCUAUAUAUAUAGGACCCAAACCAACGGUCAGUGAAACGUGAGACAUAGGCUGUAUUUUUUCUCAAGAAAGAAACAAAUGCAGAAUUCAUUCCACACUUAUGCAUCAUGUGCAUGCUAAGAGUUUUGCCCGAC